CCUGCCCCGGGGUGCACGUCGGUUUCGCCGUCUGCGUGGCAGCUGCGCAUAGUGCUGGAACGACAGUGCAAGAGCAGCAACUUCUACCGUUACCGGCGGAGGAACAUCAAUCGCCUCGGGUUGGAGGAGCGUCAACAACAGCCUGGCCGGACAAGAAAUUCUUCCCGCGAGAUUUGGUCUGGAAGGAUUUGGCCUCGUUUCUGGAGGAAAAUUUGACGCCCGUGAAAAAACACGUGGCGAGGCAAACCAAAUUUGAAGAGAUGCGAGGGAACAACUUAGACACCGCGGUGGCGGAUAGUUUAGUUGUUCGGCGCAGUAACCAGGACGCGGCUCCUCCUUCUGGGACGACCGAACAGGAAAAGAUGAGCUCGUCUUUAUUCGUGGGCACGUAUGAUUAUCGGCCGGAUUUUUGGAAAAAUAACUUCUCCUCUACUUCUGCGUCUAUGCGAAGUAGUACAACAGCAGGUGCUGUGUCAGGACCGCAGCCAGACGCUGCUUCAUCUGCUGGUCCGCCACAGCGAGGAGCACUAUACAAACGGCAGAUUUUACCGAUCAAGACGCCGUUGAGCAAGGCGAUGACGCAGCGUGGAAAAAAAACCGGCAAUCUGGCGGUGGCGUUCAAGAGCAGUGAUGCGCAGCAAAUUACCACGACGGACCAGCACGGCUACCCGAUGCAGAUCGAGCGAACCCUCGCUGGUCGCUACGAUGUCAAUCCCCGGUUUCUGGCAGUACCUCCGCCGUCGGCCGAGGAGCCGAGGGAGGUCGAAGAUCAUGCACCGGAUCUACGUCGUCAAGAUCUGGUUCCCUCGUCAGCUGCCCCGAAAACACUAAAUCCAGUGUCGCACAACAAGAGGGAUGAAGUAGUAGAACAAGCCGUGAACAUUUUGUCCAUGCCCGGUCUCCUGUCGCACACUUUCCCCCACGAGAAAAUUACCAAGGACUUGGUCGUGGGGAAUUACGACUUGCUGGCCCAGUACGUGCUUGGCGUGCAGUUCCUCUACAAAGUGGCCAAUUUGUGCGCGUACCGACACCGACACUGCACGAUCCAAGAGCACGACGAAGGCGACAGCACCUUCGACCAGAAUCUGCGCGUGCUGGUGCACCACAGCGAUCCGGCACUGCUGGUUGACGAAGAGGGAUUGGAACUGAUUCGGGAACGAAAGCGAGACGCGCCGCACCUCGAAGAUGGACCGGUUGUUGAAGUAGACGCGGAGUAUUUGUUGAAUCAGAAAGCGCACAUUUUUGCCAAGGCAAGGGAGCAGAUCCACCCGAAAAUGAAUUCCGGAGGACCUCCUCCGGAGCGCCGAACGCAGGCGGUACAGGAAGCUCUAGCGCAGCUGGACAUGAGUGGUGCUACUUCUACCCGCGCGCGAGGGAACCAACUGAAUCUGGAAAGAGGCGCAGGAAAUUUCGAACUACAACCAGAAGAUGUGAACGAAGAUAUUAAAUCGGAUGCGGAACAAAAUCCAAAUCGUAAUUUCGAGCCGGUCAUGCUUGUCGAGGAGGAAGAGCAGCUGCAAGGACCACAACGACAACCGUUCCUCCACACGGCGACGCGAGACGAGGAAUUUGAUCUGUACUUUGCGCCGUCGAUCGUGGCCAGCGUGACGGUGCACGGCGGGGCCCGGGGCUGCCACUUUCAGCUGCAUCGGAACGGCUGGGUCUCGGUGCGCUUCGCGGACGGAAGCAAGAGCUACAAGUUAUCGCACGACCUGGUCACGGCUGCGGGGGCUCCUUGCGUCAUGGACCAUGGUUUGUUGGAUAACUACAGAACAACUGAAUUACAACCUCUACACGGAGAUGAUGAAAAUACUAGACCUUUUCACUACCUACAACACGGAGCCGCAGCAAAUGACAUCGCAGCCGAGUCACCUUCCCAUCUAACAACCUCGUUCGUAUCGGUGAAUGCUAUGGGGGCUUGGCUUGCCUUGCACGAGGCGGAAAAGGACGAGGCUGAGUCGAUCGAGGCUGACGUAAACGACGAUGUUCUUCAGGACGACGGGCAGAAAAAUAAGCCGCGCUUUUUAGCAGAAAAACGGGCUUUGGAACAGGAGAUGUUUCGUUUUUUGAAACAAAACCCGCAGCUUGCGCCGGUAUUUUGAAUAAGAUCAGUUUUUUAAAAAUGAAGGUGCUUUGUGUCGGUGAAGAUGUUGUAAAUUUAUCGAAUGAAGACAUUGACUUAUCUAUGCAGCUCGCACGAUGUUGGUGUGGACGGGAACAAUAAAAUUUAUUGGUGCUCUUUUUUCGUUCGCGCUAGACGUAGAUAACCCUACAUGUAACUCAUCCUCUCUUCAAUAUCUUUCUUCUCACAGGCCGUGCUCGGGGACGCCAAUCCAAGCCUGUUUGGGAACAUUUACCAGAAAAAGUUGAAAUCCAGUCUGGCGCCGCUGCACCAGAAAGUGGAGCGGCAGAUUCAGCGGCAGCGGGCCGCCAUGAAUAGCGAGGAGGAGAACGAGGAAGAAGAGGUUAGCCAAACUGGGAGUGAGGGAGGACAGCAGCAGAGCAACGUCUAUUCUAAAAAUGGGAAGUCGCAAGAGGACGUCGACGCACUGGAGCAGAAUGCAGAAGAACAUCUCGUCCCCGACGAUGAGGAUGAAGAAAUUGUAGCCGACGAUGAAGAUCAAAGGAAGCGAAGGGUUUUUCUGGAUACAGAAAUCAAUAAACUAGACCCAAACGACGCGGUGUUCCUGUGUAACCGGUUUGAGAACACAGUGAACUUCGUCCUGGACCUGGUCUUCCAGAAUUCCCCAAAGCCGGCAGCCCUGUACUUGCGCGAGGCGGUGCGACCGAACUUUCUGCUGGGCUUCGUGCGGAGCCGGUGGCAGCCGAAGCAAAACGAACCCAACGCGUUGGAGCACGAGGCCGAGGUGGUUAUCUGUGCGAAGGAAGGUGAUGCGGACGAUGAGGAGGUUGCUAUCAAGCGGUACGAUUUCUGGAAGUAGCAAAACGAAUUAAAUACAAAACAAAUGAAGAGCACCUAACAGCGAAGACGACCGAGCGACAAUUUUUUUACUGCACAACCACGUAGUACCAGUGAUGUGGCAAACAACGCAGAUUUGUUUCUUGGGAUGUUGCCGGUUGUUGACUACUUUCUGGAGUGCCACUUGGUGGAAGCUCACCAAAAUGAGUAGAGUAGAAAGAGGCCUGGAGUUGAAUCCAUCACGAAAAAUCUCAAAGUAGAUUCGACAUGAUAGUACGUCUAAAGAAGACCAUAUCUCUGUGGAAAAUAAAAAACACGCGGCGUGGUUGCAGCCGAGUUUGGAAUAAUGAAAAAGAG